AUGUCCCCGCUCAUUCUUGCCCGCGCGUCAGUCCUACAGCAUGAUCAGCUCCAAUUGAACGUCCUCGAAACCAUGUCUUUCCUGAGUCCUAGACGGCUCAAGCGCAAAAAGUGGGAAAGUCCUGAGCUGUCAUGUGGGGAGAUCAUUGACACGCCCCGGGUUGGCUUGCUCAAGAAGGCAUGGGGGUCAAGCGGCCUAGCCCAGGAACGAUUCGACGUCCAUAUCCUUCCUGACAUCGAAGAUACCGCGAAGCCUAUCAUUAUGGUCUGUUGCACAAAUGCCGCGACACGGUCUCUCGUUGAGGACUCUAUUCGCAGCAGUUCUGUGCCUGAAAAAUAUCCCCAGUUUGGAAUUGGUGCCAGCGCACUGCCUUUAGAGCAACAUGUACCAGCCCAUACUCUCGCAGGAGGAUCAUCAGGCGUUGAAACUCAACCCGACCAAGAAGCGGAGGGAGCUUCGGGCCUUGAAAGAACCACCUUUGCGGUAGGAAAGCAGAAUAUCCCCGCGACGAACCCACCAAAAAGUACACGGCUGAUUGGAAGACGGAUUCACAUUAAAUACGGGGCCUCCGACCCUCUACCGUUCCGUUGCGCCACUGGUGGUGCAAAUAUCAGAAUUGAUGAUCCCCACUACCAAAUCACCGUUAGUCACAUUCAAGAAACUCAAGAGGAUAACCUCCACAUUACAUCUGCUCAGGAGCCUCUCCCUCCAGGUCUCGAGGAUUGUAGUUUCGACGGCAUGAGCGACGGUGACGACAAUGACGAAGAUCCCAUGGAAUCAGAAACAGAAUUGGAUCCAGCUCUUACCCGCGCAAGCGUUACACCUGUGGUCGAGUCACAGCCCUGGGAGGAAUCCCCGAGUAUCAAUAGCGUCGGUUCCACAGUGGGAACUCCCACGGAGAGGCCGGCCCGAAGUUGGCCACGACAAACGGCGAAAACGGUUUGGCAAUUGGAUUCUAUACCAAGAAAGAAUAUAUUGCCUUCUGAUCUCGUACAUCUAGACCGGCGUCUCGAUUGUGCGUUGAUUGCCCUCGACAACAACGAGAUCAUGCACUCUUUGGCAAACACCAUAUCAUACCCCCAACAUACCGGGAUACGCAAAGCCAUGGUCCACAAUGUGGCUGAAGUGGGAAAGCGCAUGAAUAAAGUCAUGGCCAUCACAGCUCGAGAUGGAAUUGGCGGUACGUUGGCGACAGGAGCGCUGUAUCAAUGGGACUGUGCAAUCAAGAAGGCGCAAAAGCUCUACCCGAUCAAUCUCGACACUCCAGCCGAAGGUGGCGAUAGCGGCUCGGCUGUGAUUGACACAGUAUCAGGCAGCUUGUAUGGCCACAUCGUCAGAGGUUGCCCGGGAUCUAGGGUCGCCUACAUCAUUGCGGCAACAGAGGUUUUCGACCAUCUUCGCCAGGAGCACGGUGCUGACAUACAUCUUUGUGGCUCCCCCUCGACCAAGUUAUCGGCCGAUCUAACCCAGUUAGCCGUGGAGAGCCGGCGACUCGAGCUGGAAAGAUGGCAGCACUACGCAAAAUUGGCCCAGACCAUUGAUGUCAAACCCAGCUCUUCCAGCACGGCCUCUGAUGAUCUGUGGAGUCCACAAUUUAUGGCGGAAAACGCAGAAGAUGAAAAUUCAUUGAAGAAAUGGCCCGAAACCUCCUCAACCACCAUGUCUGGUUAUAUAAAAGGUCACUUGAGCCCAUUGCUAGAAAGUAACGAUGGUGAUUCUCUUCACGCUUGGUCGGCGGAUAGAGCAACAACGUUAUCCUCGGCCGGAUCUCGCUCUACAGCAACCACAUGGUCUGCAGCGUCGAGCAGUACGAGAGCUACAGCUGUACAAAUGGAGCUCAUCGCUGAAGAUCGCGACAUUGAGAUGUCAGGACUCUUUCUUGAUAAUCCCAACGAGGGCAACAAAAAGACGCCACUACUCCUCCCCAAAACUUCGACAACGAAGGGAGACGAAAGAGAUGAAAGCAAAGGUCCUCUGGAGGUCAUGCGCAAUGAAGCAACGCAAAAUCUGGCUGGCCAAAAAGCGGCCAGUGAUGACCAGGGUGGGUCGUAA